GAAGAAGGAAAAGUCUGGACAGGUUCAGGUACCUCAAACCUCAAACUUCACCUCGAUUCAUCUCCAAGCUAUCGUGGAAAGUGACGACAUUGAGGUGGUGAGUCGGUGGUGGCCCUCGCCAUGGUGCUGCCACCACCGGACAAACGGCACGUCUGUCUCACCACCAUCGUCAUCAUGACCAGCAUGGCGUUCAUGGACGCCUACCUGGUGGAGCAGAACCAGGGUCCGCGCAAGAUCGGCGUCUGCAUCAUCGUCCUGGUCGGCGACGUGUGCUUCCUCAUAGUGCUCCGCUACGUGGCCGUCUGGGUGGGGGCCGAGGUCCGGACGGCGCGGCGCGGCUACGCCAUGAUCCUCUGGUUCCUCUACAUCUUUGUCUUGGAGAUCAAGCUCUACUUCGUCUUCCAGAACUGCAAGGCGGACCGGAAGAGUCUGGAGACGGUCGCCAGGAAGGCGCUGACUUUACUUUUGUCGGUCUGCGUCCCGGGACUCUAUUUGGUCCUGGUGGCUCUGGACAGCAUGGAAUACGUACGGACGUUCAGAAAGAAAGAGGACAUGAGGGGCAGGCUGUUUUGGGUGGCCUUGGACCUCCUGGAUUUGCUCGACAUCCAGGCGAACCUUUGGGAACCCCAGCGAACGGGGCUGCCCAUUUGGGCGGAGGGGCUGAUGUUCUUCUACUGCUACAUCCUCCUCUUGAUCCUACCCUGCGUAUCCUUGAGCGAGAUCAGCGUCCAGGGUGAGAACGUGUCCCUGCAGAAGAUGAUGCUCUACCCCAUGCUCAGUCUGGUCACCAUUAAUGUAGUGACCAUCCUCAUACGCGGGGUCAACAUGGUGCUCUUCCAGGACAGCCGCGUGUCUACCAUCUUCGUCGGCAAGAACGUGGUAGCGAUAGCCACCAAAGUGUGCACCUUCCUGGAGUACCGGAAGCAGUCCCGGGAGUUCCCGCCGCGCGAGAACGCGACCGGCAUCCCCAUGGAGAUCCAGCCGAACUCCGUCGGGCACGGGCAGGUUUUACCGAACGCCACGAGCCUCCCGCACGAACUCACGCCCGUGCAGGAGAUUCUGGACACAUGACUGAGCAAACAAUUAGCAUCGGCAGACAGCGAGGCUCUGUCCUUCCGUCCUGGCAGAGUUUUAUCAGAUCGGUUCAGUGCAUGAGUUUCUGAUUCAGACUUGAUUGAGUUUCUGGUCAGACUGACAGCAGGUCAGAUCCAGAACAUUUCCAAGAACGCUUAACUGUGCAGAAUCUUUCUGAUGUUGUUUUUUUCUCCUCUCCUCUCCUACCUGACCCAAUGGAUGUAAGCGUCUCUAAAUCGGCUCUCGGAACGUAAAAGGACUUUGGCCGAGAUGAAGGACAGCGAAAGCAAUUAUUGAUUCCCGUCCGAGAGAAUUCGGCUCUUUGGAGACGUCUGUUUCGGUCGGGUUCGGUCCGUCACGAUGGAGAGUAAUUGAGUCUUCAAUUGACUUCGAGUUAAGUAUGAGGGGUUCGUGAGGUUCGCCAGGAUUCAGUUUGGAUAACAAGAUUACAGGGGGUGGGGGGUGUUAGGAGUUCAUUUUAAGGACCCCAGCACACAGGGGGGAAUAGAAAGUGCGACUGGUCUGAAUAACGUUUAUAAAAUAUAUAUCAAAUGAAAUAUCUGUGUACAUUCCCUCACAACAAGCCUUGAGAGUCAGUGAGAGUCAGUGAAUGCACUUGCAAAGCAUAUUUGGGUAAAAUAAUUCAAUUAUUAUUAUUAUAAUUAUAUAUAUUAUUAUUAUUAUGUACCCGUGUGAUUCGUUUUUACAUUUUAUGUUAAAAUACAUUUAAUUAAAAAGAUUCUUAAUUCUU